AUGAUAUGGCACCACCAAGUUAUCCACAUAACGUGGGCGUCGGGACCCGCACCAUCGGAAGCGCAGGAAGAACGGAAAGAAUGGGAGGAGGAACCGGCCCCGCGAAGCAACGCGCGUGAUCCACGACAGCACCGGAGGCAGGCCGAGGCCAUGAGGGCAGAGGAGACGGCGUCGGAGGAGCGGGAGCCAGCGGCAGCGAAGGCACCGGCUGCGACGGCGACAGAGGCACCGACAGCGGCAGCAACGGAGGGGGCGGCAGCGACGGAAGAGGCGGCAGCGCCAGCGACGGCGACGGCAACGGAAAUACCGACGGCGGCGAUGGAGGUACCGGCAGCGACGGUGACGGAGGUACCGACGGCGACGGUGACGGAGGUACCGGCAGCGAACACGGAAAGCGAGAGGUGGGAGCGCGGUCCGUGGGUGUGGCCCUCACCUGCGAAAGACAAGCCUAGGCCUGUCCUAGUGCGGCAAUCGUCGUGCCCGGAUCCCAGGGCUGAGGUCGCCCGGCCGCAGCUGCAGAGACAGCAGUCGGUGGAGGAGCCGACGGGGAAGAACGUCCGCUGGCGACAUGUGGAUGUUGAAGAAUGGCCGGAGGCAGUGGCUCGGGCGGUGGAAGGCACACGCCGGAUCGGUCGACGCGUGAAGCGUCUCGUGAGGGUGCGCGGGGUGCGGUACCGGGUAUCAGCAUCGGCAAACCAGGUCGAGGUGUCCGUCGAGGCAUGA